AAAAUUCGCAUACAGAGAAGCGAACUUAAAAGAACACGUGUGCUACUUACUUGCAACAAUAUGGCACCGCGCAGAGAAUUUCGAUCUAACCUCAAUUUAAUAAAACUAUCGAAGAAAAAUACCAAGAAUUGGUAUGAAAAUUACUUAGAAUGGGGAAAAUUAAGUUCCUUAUUCACAGAUCCAAGAAAAUUGUAUUUAAUUGGAGGACUGUUUAUCAUUUUGGAAAUCAUUCUGAAUAUAUUGAUUAUCGAAAGAAUACCAUAUACAGAAAUCGACUGGAAAGCAUAUAUGCAAGAAGUCGAGGGCUUUUUGAAUGGAACGUUGGAUUAUUCGAAAUUGAAAGGUGACACUGGACCAUUAGUCUACCCUGCAGGAUUUGUUUAUAUAUUUUCUAUAUUGUACUUCAUUACGGAACAUGGAACAAAGAUAAAAAUAGCACAGUAUUUCUUUGCCGUUCUUUAUAUUGUGCUACUCACAUUAGUUUUUCGAAUUUAUACGAAAACUAAAAAAGUUCCUCCGUAUGUUUUGAUCAUUAUGUGUUGUACAUCUUAUAGAGUUCAUUCUAUAUUUACCUUAAGACUUUUUAAUGAUCCAGUUGCAAUGGUGUUGUUAUUUGCUAGUCUGAAUGCAUUUCUAGAUGACAAAUGGUAUUUAGGCAGUAUUUUUUAUAGUAUGGCUGUGUCUGUAAAAAUGAAUAUUUUGCUAUUUGCACCAGCACUUCUCAUAGCUUACAUAUGUAAUUUAGGAAUAUUCAAGACAAUAAUACACUUACUUAUAUGUGCCUUAAUUCAGUUAGUAUUAGGUCUUCCUUUUCUACUUAAUAAUCCAUUUGCAUAUAUAAAAGGUGCCUUUAAUCUUGGAAGGGUUUUUGAGUUUAAAUGGACAGUAAAUUGGAGGUUUCUACCAGAACAUAUUUUUGUCCAUUCAUAUUUUCAUGUAUCAUUGUUAGUGUUGCAUAUAUUAACUUUAAUUUAUUGUGCAUCAAGAUGGAUAAAAUAUAUGAAGUCAUAUGCAAAAUUAAAGUAUAUAGAAAAAAGCUUGAAACCUCAACUAAAAAAGAAAGAGAAAAUAGAUAUGUCUACGAUGAGUCAAUUAUUUAUUUUUCCAAUGUUUGCUGCAAAUUUUAUUGGUGUGAUUUUUAGUAGAUCAUUGCAUUAUCAAUUUUACAUAUGGUAUUAUCAUACAUUGCCCUAUAUUGCAUGGUGUACAGACUAUAAGACUGUAAUAAAAUUAACAAUUUUGGGCAUAAUAGAAUUAUGCUGGAACACUUAUCCAAGCACCGUGUUUAGCAGCAUUUCAUUACAUAUAUGCCAUUUGAUGUUGUUAUUUAGCUUUAUGAAACAUAAAUCUAAAACUGAGAAAGGAAAAUAAAUAAUAAAUAAUUUUUGUAUAAUAUAUAUGUCUACUUUUCCCUUUUUACCUUCCUGUGUAUUUAUUUCAUUUUAGAUUUGAUUAGAUAUAUCAGUUUGUAAGAAAUAGCCAUAUCCAUAAUAUUUAAAGAAUUACUUUUGUUUUUGUUUUUUUGGUAAAAAUAUGAUUUUAAUAUUAUAUUUUAAAUAAAAUUAAAUUCUCGUACAAAAUAUACAAAUAUUGUAAUUGUUAAUUUCAAAAAUAUAAAUAUACAUAUCUAUAAGUAAAAAUACUAAAAACAUGACUUAAUAAUUAUACUUCUUUAUACUUGACACAUUAUUAAAAUUAAUUACAAAUAUUCAGAUUUCUAUAGUCAAAGCAUUUAUCUCGCAGUACUUUGUUGUUUAUUUCGUAUUUAAAUGUUACAUUGAAAAAGAACAUUCUAAUUUUAUUCAAUAGAAACUUCUCAUUUUGACUGAACAACAGAGACAUGAGUUCUUUGACAGAGCAAAGUACUGUUCAGUAACAAAUAGUAAUAUUCCUCCAUACCUUUGUAUGUACAAUUAAUUUAUCAAGAUAUUAAAUUUAUCUACAAACUUUAAAGAAAUAUAAAUCAUAUUCUUACUUUCAUGGAUAUGUCUACAUGUAUCAUAUAUUAUAUAAAAUAAAUGAUAUUUAACCUAUUGCAUGAAAGAAAUUUCUGAAAUAAAUCUAAAUCUUAUAAAUUAUAUGUUGAUUUAAAAGAUAUUAAAAGUAGAACAGCUAUGAAUUCGACAG